CACUUCCUUCUUUCGUUUGGUACGCGACUCGGACGCCGCCACCGACUCUGCAGUACUACGAUCGUAUGUCUCUGUCUUGUCUGCCAAAGGGGCGCAUCUGGAAAGAUGGAAACGUGACCUAGAAUACGAUUUUCUUCCGCUGUCGCAGUUAGGGGUGUCCUCAUCCCACGUGAAAGAGGGUUUAUGUUUCCUGGUUUUUCGAAAUGCUCGUCCAGAAACCCUUUCUCCCUCUUCCAGUAACUCUGUCAUGACAAAUGGCCUUCGAUCGAUUUCCUUCUGAGCUCAUGCUGCGGGUCGUUGAGCAUAGUCGCAACGACGUCAAAGUUCUUCGACGACUUGCUCUAGCAUCUCCUGUUUUUCGCUCACAAUCCCUCAGGCAUCUAUUUGACAGAGUGACUUUAUCUUCUGCUUAUAGUCACCACCGUUGGAUCCAGUUCGUCGAAAACUCCCCUGACAUCGCUAUCCCGCACCUCAAGAUCUUGAUCAUUGAAUCCGGACGGUACGAGUUUGCUACUGACAGCAGCGGUCAGUUAUGGGGCGACAUCACUCCUCACACCCCGCAACGUAUCCUCGACCUGCAACCGCCAGAAAUUUCACUUCCAAACCCCCCUAUCAAUAACAUAACCACUCUUAUAUGGUCCCCGCUCCAGUCUCCGAAUCCUCAUAACCUUACCACUAUAGCUCAUAUCGUGUCCUCUCUCGAGUCUGCGAGGAAUCUGCAUGUAAUCAAGGCACGGUUCACCAGCGUCCAGCAGUUCCAGUGGUUUUUGAGCCAUUCCGGACCGAUCACAUUCUUGGAACUUCACCGCGUCGCACUUGACGAUGAAGGUACUGGACAAGUCCAGGUGGAUGACGGAGUCGACUACGAUCUGACUCAUUUGAAGGAACUCCGGGUUAAUUCCGAAAUCUCAAUCGACUGGGUGGUUCAUCACAUUUUGUCGACUCCCACUGCUCUUACGGCUCUGUCUAUCGAAUCUCCGUCUUUCUUGUCCCUUCAUGCCUUUAGGAUGUUGCUUGAAGUCGUCGCUCCUUCUCUAAGGAGUCUGGUCAUAGCUACAGCUACUAUCUCUCUAACCGACCUCCUUAGAAUCAGCAUCACCGGAUUAUCAGAACCUCGAUCAUUGCCUCAACUUCAAGAUCUUACCAUCGUGGUUCCCUUUUUCGACGCUCGACUGGAUGCAGAGGUAGAACACAGCUGGUGUACCCUUUUUGUCGACCAAUUCCCGCAGGCCAGCGCGCUAUCCUGUAUCACGCUCAUGCUAGAUGUUGGUAAUGUUACUCGACUAGAACAAUUGAUUAACGCUCCCGAGGACAAAUGGGAUAAGUUUCUCCGACUUCUUCUUGGCAAGAUCCCAACGUCUUUCCCACAUGUCGCACAAAUCAACAUCCAUCUUAUACUUGAUGAACGACAUACGGACCAAGAAAUUCAAGGUUUGGAGUCUAUGAUCCUCAAAUCUUCCUCGAGCGAAAGCGUUCAACUGCGCGUACAAUGGGAAACGAUAAUGGAUCCUGGGCGUUACGGACAUCACCUUCCGCAUGCGAUGUCACCUAUGGUUGCUUUGGCCCUUCGGUCUCGACGUGAACUUCCUCAGUUCGAAUAGCGCGUUGGAUCCCCCGACCCGCGGCGCAAGAAAGGCUCUUUUGUCGAUAUCUUUAUUCUGUAUUUAUCGCCUGCCACCAGCAUGUCCCAUUGGGUAACCAUGGCCAUUUUCUUUUUAUGGCGGUAUUCGGUUUUUCUGUAUCCUAUUCUCAUGUGUCCAGCCC